AUGCGAUGUAACAUUGUCCAAGUGAAAGUAGUUUCUUUGGUACUUAGUGGCAAGCAUGACAAAGUAAGUCUCUGUACCUCUUCAAAGUACAAACCAUGGAGAAGAAAUUCGUCUAUCUAUUGUCCUCAUUUGGAUGUGCGUAUUCUGCUGGGACAAAAAAUUCCGCGUUUUGGUCGUCUUAUAGGAGAGGAGAGCCCACAAGAGAUGUCUGUUAUUCCUCCAAAAUACAAGAAAGUUGUCUUGGGCGGCACAUUUGAUAGAUUACAUGGCGGUCAUAAGGUUCUUCUGUCAAAGGCUGCUUUAUUAGCCAGCGAAUGCGUCGUUUGUGGAGUAACAGAUAAAUCAAUGAUUGAGAAAAAAUCCUUGUGGGAGCUAAUAGAGCCAGUAUCUACGAGAAUACAAGCCGUAGAAGACUUUGUCGCCGACGUUUCGGAUCAUGUUGUUUGUCUCGCUGAGCCGAUUGUCGAUCCGUUUGGUCCUUCCACUCGCAUUCCUGAUCUGGAAGCAAUCGUUGUUAGUCAGGAGACGAUCAGAGGAGGAGAAGCGGUGAAUAGAGUGCGUAAGGAGAAGAAUAUGUCACAUCUGGAAAUGGUCGUUAUUGAUCUGAUUGAAGGUAGUGACGAGAUACUAAAGGAAACCAAAAUUAGUUCAUCUACUCGUAGGAGACAAGAGCUUGGGAAGCUUUUAAAGCCACCUAAUCCACACCCGGAAAGACCAAGACGACCAUACAUCAUCGGUUUAUGUGGAGGAAUUGCUAGUGGAAAAAGCACGAUUGCCAAGACACUGGAACGUCAACCCGGUUUCAAGGUAAUCGACUGCGACAAAUUAGCACAUAGCUGCUACGAGCCAGGAAGUAAACUAAUAAAAGAAUUAGGUAAUCACUUCGAAGGUGUUGUGAAGAAUGGCUGUGUUGAUAGGAAAACCCUUGGCACUGUUGUUUUUGGUGAUGAAGCAAAACUAAAAUUGUUAUGCAAGUUAGUGUGGCCUGUUUUGAUGGAAAAAAUCAAAGGCAUUAUCGCGACUUCGAGUAGUGAUAUCGUAGUCAUAGAGGCGGCUGCCAUUGUGGAGGCCGGAUGGCAUACCUACAUGAAUGAACUGUGGACUGUAUUUGUUCCCCAAGAAGAAAUGAUAAGACGAGUAAUGGAAAGGGAUGGACUAACGAAGGAACAGGCUGAAGAUCGUAUAAAGAGCCAACUCACGAACAAAGAGCGAAUAGCACAUAGUCAUGUUGUUUUCUGUUCACUAUGGGCUUACGAAGAAACUCGUUCUCAGGUAGAAAGAGCACUCAAUGAACUAAAGGCUCGUACGAAUUUCCACAGCACAGUUUGA